AAAAGCACGUUCGUGCCCCGCCCAACUACUACAUAAGACGACGAACGAUACAUAAACAUUAACUUAUAUUGUCGCCUGUUUUUUUUGCCGAAAAGACACUUCCAGCCGUCAUUUUGUAGAUUAAACAUGUCCAUGUUCAGGAACGCGGUGUGGUUUGUCAAAGGCCUUCGCGAAUACACAAAGGGCGGCUAUGAGGCGGCAGCCAAGAAUUUUGUUGCGGGCGACCUGGAAGUGAACCUGAGUGGGCGCUCCUUCAUGAUCACGGGCGCCAACAGCGGCCUGGGAAAAGCCACGGCGCAGGAAAUUGCCAACAGAGGCGGGACGGUGCACAUGGUGUGUCGCAACAAGGGCCGAGCGGACGCCGCCAAGGAGGAAAUUGUGGAGCGCAGUAAGAACCAGAACGUCCACGUCCACGUGGUGGACAUGUCCUGCGCCAGGGACGUAUGGCAGUUUGCGGAGAGUUUUGUCCAGGGUAACGCCCUCCACGUGUUGAUCAACAACGCGGGUUGUAUGGUCAACCAGCGAGAAGUAACCCAGGAAGGCUUGGAGAAGAACUUUGCCACCAAUACGCUCGGCACGUACAUCUUGACCGUGGCUCUUCUACCUGCUCUGAAGAAGGCUCAGGAUCCCAGAGUGGUGACCGUGUCGUCAGGCGGCAUGCUCACGCAGAAGCUCGACGUAGACGACCUUCAGAGUGAGAAGGGGACGUUUGACGGCACUAUGGUCUACGCUCAGAACAAAAGGCAGCAGGUGGUUCUGACCGAGAGGUGGGCGACUCAGCACAAAGAAGUCCACUUCUCCUCCAUGCACCCGGGCUGGGCCGACACCCCAGCCGUGCAGUCUUCCAUGCCGUCCUUUCACGCCAAGAUGCAGAACAAACUUCGCACCGAGGCCAUGGGCGCCGACACCAUCGUGUGGCUCGCCGUGGCCGACGCCGCCGCCAAACAACCCAGCGGACUCUUCUUUCAAGAUCGGUGUGCGGUGGCCACGCACCUCCCGCUGGCCUUCUCCAGGUCCACAUCUCAGGAGGAAGACCGAUUGUUGGCGGCGCUCAGUGACUUGGCGCUCAAGUUCAAACCUUGAGGUUUGUCGUCUGUUUUUUGGGUUUUUUUUUUUAACUAUUCAUGCUCACUUUUUACACCAUUGAUCUUUUAACGGACAUUUUUUUCCAACAAAUGCACUUCCUACGUCACGUGGUGUGCAGCUUUACCGUAUAAACAAGCUUUGAUUCCUACUGGAAGUGGGGCUCAAUUUCAAGUAUUUAAGUAUAUCAAGUGGUUAGUACGCAGGCCCGAGUUCAAUUCCACCCUGGGUCAUCUCUGUGUGGAGUUUGCAUGUUCUCCCCGUGCAUGAGUGGGUUUUCCUCCCACAUUCCAAAAACAUGCUAGGUUAAUCCAUAGGUAUGAAUGUGAGUGGGAAUGGUUCAAGGUUUUUUGGGUGGUUUUCUACUUAGGUUGUUUAUCAGCUGAUCAAAAGUUCUAAGAUGAAACAAUGCAAAAUGUCAAUUCAUGCAAUUUUUCCAAUACGCCAAGACCCAAUUGAACAAAAAAAGGCUUUGUCUGUAACCUGAACAGACUGUAAAAUUGCCAUCUAUGAACAGUAUUCAUAGUAAGAGCUAUGUAACAUUCAAAUAAAGUCAUUAUUCAUAAGAAAAGCUUGAAGAUUCCUGCUCCUUUUUUAAUACAGCAACGACAUCACUUGGUCGCUUUUAUAUUUCAUACACAGGGAAAUAUUUCUGCAACAAAAAAAAAAAAACACUGGCCUGGUAUGAAUGUUGUGUUUUUGUAUACAAGUUACUUUUUAAGACUGUCUCACAUUCCAAUCACAGAGGAACCCGCUUAUGUUGACAUAACUGAAGAGACUUAAGAAGAGGUGACGGGUAGUUCUCUACUUGGUCAUAUUCGUAUUUACUGGCCAUAAACUGGUUCCAUUGUCGUAUUAGAACACCAAAAAACGUAGCAAUGACGUGAUAGCAGCGUGCUGAUUUGUCACCAAGAAUUAGAU